AUGUCGAGUUGUGUUAGCGCAGAGCCCGGUUGCUGGGGCUGUCACACGGAGAGUCACAGGGAGAGGGAGGGACUUAGGGGCGGCGGGACAAUGCUGGUAAAGCCGACAGCCCCCCGAUCCCGCGAUGAUGCCCCCGCAGAGCGAGCAGGGGACCCGGUUUUGACCUGUACGGCGCAACAAAGCCGAGCGGCUGAGCGCAAGAAAACCGGUCAGGCGCCGCUCGCCGCAGAAAAAGGAGGGCCGUCCGUCCACGCGGGGGCCAGAGGGAAGCAGGAGGCGGGCCUUUUCACCACGUUAAAAGAGGCAGAGCGCAGGCAGGAUUCGUGGAGUGGGUGGGCAGGUGAGGGCCGAGCUGACACCUCCAUCUGGGUCCCUAGCCGAGGAGAAAGUGCCAGGGCGAGGAGCCCGAAAUCGAGAAGGAUGGGAGAGAAGAAAGUUAGUCUCCCCGCUAAGCUGAUUAAUGGGGGCGUGGCAGGCCUGGUUGGGGUGACAUGUGUAUUUCCUAUAGACCUGGCAAAGACCCGCCUACAGAACCAGCAGGGCGUCCAGGUCUACAAAGGCAUGUUUGACUGUCUUGCCAAGACUGUACGCUCAGAGGGCUAUUUUGGAUGCUACAGAGGUGCAGCUGUGAACCUCACACUAGUUACACCAGAAAAAGCAAUAAAACUAGCAGCGAACGACGUCUUUAGACAGAAGCUAUCAAAGGAUGGCAAUCUGCCCCUGUGGGGGGAGGUACUGGCCGGCUGUGGGGCCGGGACCUGUCAGGUGGUGGUCACCACGCCCAUGGAGAUGCUCAAAAUCCAGCUCCAGGACGCAGGAAGACUCGCCGCACAGAGGCCCGUGCCAACCCCGGCUCAGGCCGCCGCCCCGGGUCCGGCUCCGUCACUGGUGGCCCCCCCGCCGCAGGCCCGGGCCCUUCCUCCCCGGAGGCCUUCGGCCACCGGCAUCACCGUGGAGCUCCUGAAGACCCGCGGCCUGGCCGGCCUCUACAGGGGAGCCGGGGCCACUCUAAUGAGGGAUGUCCCCUUCUCAAUGAUCUACUUCCCCCUCUUUGCCAACCUGAACGCGCUGGGCCGGGAGCGGGCGGAGGGCCAGACCCGGGCCCCCUUCUGGCAGUCCUUCAUGGCGGGCUGCUCCGCCGGCUCCGUGGCGGCCGUGGCCGUCACGCCGCUGGACGUCAUAAAGACUCGUCUGCAGACGCUGCAAAAGGGAGAGGGAGAGGACACGUAUAGAGGGAUUCUGGACUGCACGAGGCGCGUCCUGAGGCGGGAGGGCCCGUCGGCCUUCCUGAAGGGCGCCACCUGCCGCGCUCUGGUCAUCGCGCCACUUUUCGGCAUCGCGCAGGGCGUCUACUUCCUCGGGGUGGGGGAGAUGGCCCUGGGCUUCCUGGAGCAGCAGUGAUUGGGCGUGGCGGCGGCGGUGGUGUUGAGCCGUUAUGAAGAACACGCCGCUGUUAAGGAAACGACUGAACGAGCGGAGAACACAGAGAAAAAACAGCCACGUUGUGCUAGCCAAAGGAGGAGAGAUAAACGAGAGGUUCUACUUACUAAGACCUGCACCAACGGGCUCACACUAACGUUUCUUUAGGAUUUUAUGUCGUCAACACGGUUCUGUCGAUUAAACAAGGUCUUACGUGCGUGUGUGUGUGGGCGAGACAAAUCGAAGGGUACAAAAUAUGUACCCUGUCUUGGUAAACCCAGGGUAUGCUUGGUGCAAUAUUCCUGGGCCUGAUCCUCGUCUUUUCACCAGAGGGGGGGUCAUUUUUGUCUGUUCUGAAAGCCUAGGCCUAUUUUAUUUAAGGUUGCUGACUAAAUGCCUACAAUCCAGACCAUUUCUUUGGUCUGCGCAUCAUGAUAUUUUUUAGACAAACUCCCUCUAUUUGUACCGGAUGUUAAAUAGCGACUGAUUUCAGUGGAUGAGCUGGGUCUUUCAUUCGUUCUUAAUUGUGUGAUGCCUAGAACGGGAGUUCAACAUCCCUGUUUACUCUAUUACGCAUUCCUCCCACUCCAUCCUGUAGGUCGGAGUAGUAAUCUUGGAUUCUAUCCCUGGACAGGGAGGUACAACCUGUCAGUCUUUCUGAGGUCAGCUGUUAAUCUGAUGAUAAUGCUUUAAUCCCUGCAUUAGCAUACAAUAUACCUUAGCAAACAGCUCACUUCCUGCUUAAAGGUCACAGGUUAAAUGCCUGAACUGCUCAGAAUUCGUCUACUGGUUAAAGCGGAACCCUUGGCGCUUAAUUUUCCUGCAUAACUCUGGUUAAAAACAUGUUGCUUUGAGUAAAUGUGUGCAAAACAACUGCAGAAAAUGCAAUCAACGCCUUAUCCUUGCUGUUAGUUUCAAAAGAAUCGGUCCUCCAUUUCAAAUUAAUUCAAUGGGACUGACGGUGUUGAACUGCUGUUUUGGUACUUUGCUCCACUUUAGCAAAAAUAAUUAAAAUAGUUCGAUCCGCUGAGGGAGUGUGGCAGCUUGUCUUGCCAACAGACAGAAUUCGAUCCCAAUGGGUGGCACUAAAAGAUUUUUUGUUUGUUUGUUUUUGUACAUUUUUAAUGAAGGACACACUUUGAUGUGGAUAGUGUACCUAGGCUACUACAUUUCCCUCAUUGUAGAGUGAACAUAGCCUGAGCAAACCGUUUUUGUUUACAAUCUGCAAAUAAAGAUAAUUCAUACUGAAUGAUUUCACUGCGUCACAAAUUCAUUUAUUUGGCAUUCGGCAUUGCUUUAGAACAAUGCUAAGUUUGUCUUUGUGGACAGAUACAAACACACACACACACUCACACGCAAAGAUACAAAAGCAACUAAUUAACAACUUAGAUUUAACUGUGGUCAAAACAAAAUGGAGAUAAAUUAAGUGAAAGUGUCUUUGGUUGAUAGCUUGGUUAUUUGCCCUGAAACAGCUUAAAAGCAAUGCAUUGCCAAAGCCUGAUGAAGUAGUAACGUAGACAUCUCCCAGAGAGGUAAAGACAGGGGUCAAAAAGCAUU